AAAAAAAAAAAGAGAAAAGAUCAUUACAGUAUCGAUAUGUGUUCCGAGCAAUGGAGAAAUAGAUGCUUAAGCAUUGUGAUCCAAAUUGGAAUGGUGGGGCGAGGACAACCGUAUGCAACCCUGCCACUGAGGGCGCGUAAAUCAGACGAGGCCGUCAUGACCAAGUCAAACACGACUUUCAAAGACGUAGAGCCGCCAGAAUCAUAAUUCUCGGUCGUUACUAUACGAUCCUUUGGAUGUCCAGAUAGAAUAUCUACAGAAUCAGAGGCACAAGGGGACGUGCAAGGGUAUGGACCGGUGGCAAGCCAAGAUGGGA